UAAAGAAACACCUAAUAAAAUGGACACCAUGAACCAUGUUAAGAUCAUUCUUGCUCUGAAAAUCAACCUCAUUUUAUCCAAUAUUGGUUCGACAAAAGCCUGUCAAGUUACUGUUAGACAGCCCUCCCUCUUAGAAGUGGACUACACAUGUCAGGAAGUAACCAUACAGUGCCAUUUCUCUGCUUCUGGAUGCCCCAGUUCCCCACUCACGGUUCUGUGGUUUCGCCAACACACUCGCCAACUUGAGAAUUUAUGCCUAAACCAAUGUUCAAGAGACAUGGGAAAAUUUACAUUGACUGGUUUAACAAACCUAAAUGAAGCUUCCCUCACUGUUAAAGCAGUGAGUUUAAAUGACAGUGCAAUUUAUUUCUGUGGAAUAGCAUUUCCAGAAUCAGAUGAACCGGGUUCUAAGCAAACUGGAGGAGGAACAAUACUGGUGGUAAGAGGGACUAAGCUUCUCGGCGAUAAAGAACAUAAGCUCCUAAUAUCCCUAUCAUCACUGCUGUCUUUAUAUAUCAUUGCCCUAUUUGCAACCUUCAUAAUCCUCUACAGAUCAAAAUUCAAAAUACUGAGGAAAACAGGAAUGGAUGAAGAACCACAACAGAUGAACAAAAAGAGUGGACGCCGUAUUUUUCAGGAAAUUGCACAUGAACUAUACCUUAAGAGAUAUGUGGAAACAAAUCCUGAGUCUGUGAGGGAAGACAUCAUCUAUGAAAACAGAAGAGGAUGUUCCAACCUGAAAUAUUAAUAUGUAACUAAGCCAUUAAAAUCUAGGAACUGGAAGUAAUGAUACUGGUCAAAAUAUAUUUAAUAUGACCCACAAUAGUUAGGGCAUCUGGAAAUACGGCAACUGACCACACCAAAAUACAAAAUGUCAAUUUGCUAAUUAAAACAGAGGGAGUGAAGGUUGGGAAAGAAUACAAAAUGCAACGAGAAGCAAUUAGUGAAAAAUGCCUUAGACCAACCCAAAGCAAUUGGAAAAACACUUAUUUUCUUCCCCUUAAAAUCUGCUGCCACUUCAUGGAAAAUUCCAGGAGGUUUUCUAUUUGCAGAAAAUUCCACUUAAAAUUACAUUUCCUGAGUUCCUCUUAUGCAAAAUAUUGCAUUCAUGAGCUAGACUGAGCUCAAAGUGAAGCCAUCUUUCUCUCUCCCUGGCCCAAAACCCUUAAACGGGAUUAUUACUAAUAGCAAGAUUUUCCAUCUGUGAGCUUCAAGGCUGAACUACAACCAGCUACCUUCCUGGGUGGUGAAGGUGAAGAGGAGAGGGGGUUUGGUACCCACUGCCUCUGUCAAUCCUUGGUCUCUCCUGAGGAUGAGACAGACAGAAGGUUUGAGCACGACCUGAACCACAGCAGGGCCAUGUGGAGGCCAUAGGUCUCACAGAGAUAUCUGUAGCUGUGAUCCCUUCCAAUACCUCAUCUCCCACAACCCAUUAUUUUCUACAGUGUAGUAUCAGAGUCACAAGACGGAGUAAGUUCCAUCUCCUUAUUGACAGAAGACACGGCAGAACUGUUCGAAGCACCACGGCACAUCAAGGCACAAGAUCAGAGAAUAGAGAAUCAUUUUAUUCCAAUUUAGAUUCUGUAGGAAUAUAAAACAAAGAGAUACUAUACAGAGAUAACCCUGCAGCAACCUGCACUGGAGCUACUCUGACUCUAGGUGUCACCGCUGCAUCGCCAAAGAGAGGGGAAUGUUCCUUUUAAUUUACAAGUACAUUUGUAUUAUUGAUUUUAACAAAUUUAAGAGGGAAACAUCAGAGGAAGUGCCAAGGGCAACAAAAACAUUUAUGGUAUCCAUUAGCAUUUCAGUAAUGAACACAGUAUGGAUUUUCCUUUGAAAGUCAUUUCAGUGAAAAUGAUCGGUAAAAGGAAAAAAAUCCAUGGCUCUUCAAAAGGUGUCCACCCUUUGAAAGGAUUAUAAUAGUCGUCUGUUUAUUAUACAUGCAUGCAUUUUCUUUUACUCCUUUGUUUUAAACUGGUUGUAAAUAAAGUUUCACUCUAAUUUAUGGA